AUUAGAUGGUUGAACCAGGCCGUUCAUUUUCGGUCCAAGGCUUAAAAGAGUAUACGGUAGGAUUUAAUAGAGAUUUGCAAAAUGGCAUGUUCUUAUGGGCGUGCGAUUCUACUUACAUGUAGACGUUCAAUAUCUUACAGUGCACCAAGAUAUAUCAGACGGGAGUGUGCUGAUCCAUUGGAACAUGCAACGGGAAUAGAAAAACGAGAAAAACUUGCUCAUCUAGCUGGCGAAGAAGAUCCUUUUAACUUGAACGUUACAAAACGUGGACCUGGCACAAAAGAAUGUCCAAAUCUGGUACCAAGUGCAUUUAACAGUCGUUUGGUUGGAUGUAUCUGCGAAGAAGAUCAUUCGCAUAUAAACUGGAUGUGGUUACACCAAGGAACUCCACGACGUUGUGAAUGUGGAUAUUGGUUUAAGCUCGUUGAAAAAGCUCCUGUUUAAUAACACAUGAGAAUAAACUAGUGAACUGUUUAAAUAUAUAGAAUUAAUAUUAUAUUAGAUAAGUAGAAAAAUAACAAUUAUUUAUUGCCUAUCCAUAUUUAAUUUUUCCUGCUUUUACCAUGCAAACUUUUGUUAACGACGUUGUACGAUACGAGUAAUAGAUUGCAUAUUAUUAUUGUA